UAUUUUGUAAGAAAUAUGUCCUACUACCAUAGUGGAAUAGAUCCUGUCGCUAGAUACAAAGAAAAAGAGCAACAAAUUAGACAAAGACAAUUGGAAAGAAGCAACAACCGGGCUACUCAGUUAUGGAGAAAAGCUCGCUCUCAUGUUUUAAGGGAACAGGAUUUGAGGGAGAGAAUGCUUGACCGCUCCAUGGCUGUGAAUGUAUAUAGCACCAACAACCAGGCAGACAAUCUCAGUCGCCAUGACAUCCUGGCCUGGGUCAACGACAGCAUCCACACAAGUUACGGCAAAAUAGAGGAACUCUGUUCAGGGGCUGCCUACUGCCAGUUUAUGGAUAUGUUAUUUCCUGGUUCUAUACAGAUUAAAAAAAUUAAAUUCAAUACAAAGUUAGAACAUGAAUAUAUUCAGAACUACAAAAUUCUACAAUCCUCAUUUGGAAAGUUAGGUGUGGAUAAGGUGAUUCCUGUCGAAAGACUGGUUAAGGGAAGGUUCCAAGAUAACUUUGAAUUUGUACAGUGGUUCAAGCGUUUCUUUGAUGCCAAUUUCAAUGGGGACACAGAGUACGAUCCGGUGAUGGCCCGAGGCGGGGAAGUGGUGGGAAACGUGGGUAAACCAGCAGCUGUCAAAUCUCCCGCAGCAGCAAAAUCUGGUAUCUCCAGGGGGCCCGCUAGAGCUCCAGCAAAAACAGCCCCAAAGAACACAUCUGUUAUAAGUAAACCUGUAGCAAAUGUUAAAGCAACAGUUAACAGCAGUCAUGGAGGAGGAGAUAAUAGUGCAAAAAUAGCUGAAUUAACACAACAGAUCAAUGAACUGAGGUUAACGGUGGAAGGAUUAGAAAAGGAAAGAGAUUUUUAUUUUGGGAAACUCCGAGAUAUUGAGGUCACCUGCCAAGAGAACGAGGAGAAUGAAGUGGUCAAGUCAAUUAUGGAUGUCCUUUAUGCAACAGAAGAAGGAUUUGCACCCCCGGAGGAGGACGGAAAUGUAGAAGAGGAAGAAGAAUACUGAAGAUACAAACCACACCCACUUAGUGCUAAAUAAACAAUGACAUUUUGGCUCAACCGGUUGCUUACAUUUGAAGCUGACAUGGAUUCUGUUUAUUACAAGAAGCUUACACCUUACCGAAAUUAUGUUCAAUUACUUCAUGUUCUGCAGGAGGUUUUGGAAGGGGGAGCUGUGUCAUAUACAUUAUAAGUGCUACCAAAAAAAAGAGUCCUUUGAUUUUCACAGGCCAUCUUUUUUUUCUUCUGUUGUAUAAACACAGUGUACUAUAUAUAUAUAAAUGUGAAAUAUAUUUAUGAAUGUGAUAAUAAUAUUGGUAUAAACUUUGACCAUGCUGUAUUAUUUCUAUUUUUUUUUACCUUUGAGUGUAAUGUAGUCUCAUUGUGAACAGAAUAUUAUUUCAGCAUAGCAUGUAACAUUAACAUUAACACAUAGUUUUGAUAUUUUUCCUUUUGUUGCACGUCUUUAUUUAUUUAUAGUAAUGUUAAAAGGAAAGUUUUUAGGGAUAAAUUAAAAGACUAAUUUUUUUGUUCUUACUGUGCUGUACAUAUGUUUGCUCAAUCAGGUUAAAUUUUUUUGUCUUCCCUUUUUAAUUUUUUGAUUUUAUUUUCAAGUUUGCAGGCAGUGCUUUUGUUUAAAGCAUAUAUAAAUUAAUGAUACUGCUGACUAACAAAUAAAAAAGAAAAAUAAAAAAUAUUACAGGCAAAAUUAAGUGAUACAAAGGAUAUAUUAUUAAAAUAGGGAAGGGUUAAAAAUAUUAGUGUAUUCAAAUAAAAAGUGGAGGAAAGAUGUGAUAAAGUUUGUAAGUCACACCAAGCAUGAAUCAAACUAUGUUGAACAAUGACUUAUGUUUAUUAAAGCUCAAAAUACAAA